AGGGAGGGCUAGAAGAGGCGCUGACGGGCGGGGGUGCGCCGGAGAGUGCCCCGGCGUGUUCGCUUAGUUCAGUGAAUCAGAACAAUGACUGCGCCUCUGGGUUCCCGGGAGCGCGUCGGAGGACUCUGAGCAGCCACCGCCGGCAGAGCUGCGGGCGGCGCAGCCUCGGCCGCGCGGUGUCAACGCUGGGCUCGGGAGCCUCCAGCGCAGACCCUGCCCAGCGACCGCAGCCCGCGCGGAGCCGCGGGGCUCCGGCGCUGCAGCCACUACUCGGGAGCUGUGCAUUGUUGUGAGCCGGAGAAGCGGCGCGGGGAUUACAAAGCCUGAAGACCCCGGACCCCUGUUUAGCCAUGUGGAUACCUACGGAGCACGAGAAAUACGGCGUGGUUAUUGCCAGUUUUCGAGGAACUGUGCCAUAUGGUCUGUCAUUGGAAAUUGGAGAUACAGUUCAGAUCCUGGAGAAGUGUGAUGGCUGGUACAGAGGAUUUGCCUUAAAAAACCCAAAUAUCAAGGGUAUAUUUCCUUCCAGCUACGUUCACUUGAAAAAUGCCUGUGUAAAGAACAAAGGACAAUUUGAAAUGGUUAUUCCCACUGAAGACUCUGUGAUCACAGAAAUGACAUCAACAUUAAGAGACUGGGGAGCUAUGUGGAAACAACUCUAUGUGAGAAAUGAAGGUGAUCUCUUCCACCGACUGUGGCAUAUCAUGAAUGAAAUCCUGGAUCUGCGGCGGCAGGUGUUGGUGGGGCACCUCACCCAUGACCGGAUGAAGGACGUGAAGCGUCACAUCACUGCCCGCCUGGACUGGGGCAACGAACAACUGGGACUGGACCUGGUGCCUAGGAAAGAGUAUGCGAUGGUGGAUCCAGAGGACAUCAGCAUUACUGAGCUCUACCGAUUGAUGGAGCAUCGACAUCGGAAGAAAGAUACCCCAGUGCAGGCCAGCAGUCACCACCUCUUUGUGCAGAUGAAGAGUCUCAUGUGUUCCAAUCUGGGAGAGGAGCUUGAGGUCAUCUUUUCACUGUUUGACAGUAAAGAGAAUCGGCCGAUCAGUGAGAGAUUUUUCUUGAGGCUAAAUAGAAACGGGCUUCCCAAAGCCCCAGAUAAACCAGAACGGCACUGCUCUCUCUUCGUGGAUUUGGGUAGCAGCGAGCUCAGAAAGGACAUCUAUAUCACUGUGCACAUCAUCCGAAUCGGUCGAAUGGGGGCAGGAGAAAAAAAGAAUGCCUGCAGUGUCCAGUACCGGAGACCCUUUGGCUGUGCAGUUCUUAGCAUUGCUGACCUGCUGACUGGAGAGACGAAAGAUGACCUCAUCCUGAAAGUGUACAUGUGUAAUACAGAGAGUGAGUGGUACCAAAUCCACGAGAAUAUCAUCAAGAAGUUGAAUGCACGUUAUAAUUUGACCGGCUCCAAUGCAGGUUUAGCUGUUUCUUUACAACUCUUGCAUGGAGACAUUGAACAAAUCAGAAGGGAAUACUCAUCAGUAUUUUCUCAUGGAGUAUCCAUCACCAGGAAGUUGGGUUUUUCUAAUAUUAUUAUGCCUGGUGAAAUGCGGAAUGAUUUAUAUAUCACUAUAGAAAGGGGAGAAUUUGAGAAAGGAGGAAAGAGUGUGGCCAGAAACGUGGAAGUUACGAUGUUCAUUGUAGAGAGUAGUGGCCAGACCCUGAAGGAUUUUAUAUCCUUCGGCUCUGGAGAGCCACCGGCUAGCGAGUACCACUCCUUUGUGCUUUAUCAUAACAACAGCCCCAGGUGGUCCGAGCUGCUGAAACUUCCUAUCCCCGUGGAUAAAUUCAGGGGUGCACAUAUCCGCUUCGAGUUUCGGCAUUGUUCCACAAAGGAGAAAGGAGAGAAGAAAUUGUUUGGCUUCUCCUUUGUUCCCCUGAUGCAGGAAGAUGGUAGGACACUUCCAGAUGGCACGCAUGAGCUCAUUGUGCAUAAGUGUGAAGAAAACACAAAUCUUCAGGAUACUACCCGCUACCUCAAACUUCCUUUUUCCAAGGGCAUUCUCCUUGGGAAUAAUAAUCAAGCCGUGAAGGCCACAAAGGAGUCUUUUUGGAUAACAUCUUUUCUCUGUUCCACAAAACUCACACAAAACGGUGAUAUGCUUGAUCUUUUGAAAUGGAGAACCCACCCAGACAAGAUCACAGGCUGUCUCUCUAAAUUAAAAGAAAUUGAUGGCUCUGAGAUAGUAAAGUUUCUGCAAGAUACACUGGAUACCUUAUUUGGAAUUUUAGAUGAAAAUUCCCAAAAAUAUGGGUCUAAAGUGUUUGAUUCAUUGGUUCACAUAAUCAAUUUGCUACAAGAUAGCAAAUUUCAUCAUUUUAAACCUGUAAUGGACACUUACAUUGAGAGUCAUUUUGCUGGGGCACUUGCAUACAGAGAUCUCAUCAAAGUACUCAAGUGGUAUGUGGACCGGAUCACAGAAGCGGAGAGACAAGAGCACAUCCAGGAGGUGCUGAAGGCCCAAGAAUAUAUUUUUAAGUAUAUUGUUCAGUCUCGAAGGCUGUUUUCCCUUGCCACUGGAGGACAGAAUGAGGAGGAAUUUCGCUGCUGUAUUCAGGAACUGCUCAUGUCGGUUCGUUUUUUUCUUUCACAAGAAAGCAAAGGAUCUGGAGCAUUAUCUCAAUCACAGGCUGUGUUUCUGAGCUCCUUCCCAGCUGUGUAUUCGGAGCUGUUGAAGCUCUUUGAUGUCCGGGAGGUGGCCAACUUGGUCCAGGACACCCUGGGCAGUCUGCCGACCAUCGUGCACGUGGAUGACGCCCUGCAGGCUGUUAAACUGCAGUGCAUUGGCAAGACCGUGGAAAGCCAGCUCUAUACUAACCCAGAUUCCCGGUACAUUCUCUUACCUGUCGUGUUACAUCACCUCCACAUGCACUUGCAAGAACAGAAGGACCUGAUCAUGUGUGCACGGAUCCUUAGCAACGUAUUUUGUCUCAUCAAGAAGAAUAGCUCAGAAAAAUCUGUGCUGGAGGAAAUAGAUGUGAUAGUGGCCAGCCUGCUGGACAUCCUGCUGAGAACCAUCUUGGAGAUCACCAGUCGUCCGCAGCCAUCUGGCUCCACCAUGAGGCUUCAGUUCCAGGAUGUCACGGGGGAGUUUGUUGCUUGUCUCCUGUCCCUAUUACGGCAAAUGACAGAUAGACAUUAUCAGCAGCUUCUUGAUAGUUUCAAUACAAAAGAAGAACUAAGGGAUUUCCUGCUGCAGAUAUUUACUGUGUUCCGAAUAUUGAUACGCCCAGAGAUGUUUCCAAAGGACUGGACUGUCAUGCGCUUGGUGGCUAACAACGUCAUUAUUACAACAGUUCUGUACCUGUCAGAUGCACUUCGGAAGAACUUCUUAAAUGAAAACUUUGAUUAUAAGAUCUGGGAUUCCUACUUUUACCUUGCGGUCAUUUUUAUAAACCAGUUGUGUCUGCAGUUAGAGAUGUUUACACCUUCCAAAAAGAAAAAGGUAUUAGAAAAAUAUGGUGACAUGAGGGUAACAAUGGGUUGUGAAAUUUUCAGCAUGUGGCAAAACUUAGGAGAGCACAAGCUUCAUUUCAUUCCUGCCCUGAUUGGCCCCUUCCUGGAAGUAACCUUAAUACCCCAGCCAGAUCUCCGCAAUGUCAUGAUUCCUAUUUUCCACGAUAUGAUGGACUGGGAGCAGAGGCGGAGUGGCAAUUUUAAACAGGUGGAAGCCAAGCUCAUUGACAAACUGGACAGCCUGAUGUCCGAAGGCAAAGGUGAUGAAACCUACCGUGAGCUCUUCAACAGUAUUCUACUAAAGAAAAUUGAGCGGGAAACAUGGAGAGAAAGUGGCGUUUCCUUAAUCGCCACUGUAACUCGGCUGAUGGAGAGGUUGUUAGAUUACAGGGACUGCAUGAAAAUGGGCGAGGUAGAUGGCAAAAAGAUUGGCUGCACCGUGAGCCUCCUGAACUUCUAUAAGACUGAACUGAACAAGGAAGAGAUGUAUAUACGCUACAUCCAUAAACUCUAUGAUCUGCACCUCAAAGCACAGAAUUUCACAGAGGCUGCAUAUACGCUGUUGUUAUAUGAUGAGCUGCUGGAAUGGUCUGACCGGCCCCUCCGGGAGUUCCUGACCUACCCCAUGCAAACGGAAUGGCAGCGCAAGGAGCACCUGCACCUCGCCAUCAUCCAGAACUUUGACAGAGGCAAGUGUUGGGAGAAUGGCAUCAUCUUGUGCCGGAAGAUUGCAGAGCAGUACGAGAGUUACUAUGAUUACAGAAACCUGAGCAAGAUGAGGAUGAUGGAGGCCUCUUUGUAUGACAAAAUUAUGGACCAGCAACGUCUUGAACCAGAGUUCUUCAGAGUUGGAUUUUAUGGGAAAAAGUUUCCAUUUUUCUUAAGAAAUAAAGAGUUUGUGUGUCGAGGGCAUGACUACGAAAGACUGGAGGCCUUCCAGCAGAGAAUGCUGAACGAGUUCCCCCACGCCAUCGCCAUGCAGCAUGCCAACCAACCCGAUGAGACCAUCUUCCAGGCAGAAGCUCAGUAUUUGCAGAUAUACGCCGUGACUCCCAUCCCAGAAAGCCAGGAGGUCCUUCAGAGAGAAGGUGUUCCAGACAACAUCAAAAGUUUCUAUAAAGUGAAUCACAUCUGGAAAUUCCGCUACGACAGACCAUUUCACAAAGGCACGAAAGAUAAAGAGAAUGAAUUCAAGAGUCUCUGGGUGGAAAGAACAUCACUAUACUUGGUGCAGAGUUUACCUGGAAUUUCCCGCUGGUUUGAAGUGGAGAAGCGUGAAGUGGUAGAAAUGAGUCCUCUGGAAAAUGCCAUUGAAGUGCUGGAGAAUAAGAAUCAGCAGCUGAAGACUCUGAUUAGUCAGUGUCAGACAAGACAGAUGCAGAAUAUUAAUCCCCUAACCAUGUGCCUGAAUGGAGUUAUAGAUGCUGCUGUUAAUGGUGGAGUUUCCAGGUAUCAAGAGGCAUUCUUUGUCAAAGAAUAUAUCUUAAGUCACCCUGAAGAUGGAGAGAAAAUCGCACGGUUAAGAGAGCUGAUGCUUGAGCAGGCACAGAUUUUGGAAUUUGGCUUGGCCGUGCACGAGAAGUUUGUGCCUCAGGAUAUGAGACCCCUUCACAAGAAGCUGGUCGACCAGUUCUUUGUGAUGAAGUCCAGCUUGGGGAUCCAGGAAUUCUCCGCUUGUAUACAAGCCAGUCCAGUCCAUUUUCCUAAUGGAAGCCCUCGUGUGUGUAGAAACUCAGCACCUGCUUCCAUGAGCCCAGAUGGUACCAGGGUAAUUCCUCGACGCAGCCCAUUAAGUUACCCAGCUGUCAACCGAUACUCUUCCUCCUCACUGUCCUCACAAGCGUCUGCUGAAGUAAGCAAUAUUACAGGGCAAUCGGAAAGCUCUGAUGAAGUCUUUAACAUGCAGCCAAGUCCAUCUACCUCAAGCUUGAGUUCUACUCACUCCGCCUCACCUAAUGUGACAAGUUCUGCUCCCUCGAGUGCCAGAGCUUCUCCUUUGUUGUCUGACAAACACAAACAUUCCAGAGAAAACUCUUGCCUGUCCCCAAGGGAGCGGCCAUGCAGUGCCAUCUAUCCGACACCUGUGGAACCUUCUCAGAGGCUGCUGUUUAAUCACAUUGGAGAUGGAGCCUUGCCACGCAGUGACCCCAAUCUUUCGGCACCUGAGAAAGCUGUGAACCCCACCCCCAGCAGCUGGAGCCUGGACAGUGGGAAGGAAGCCAAGAGCACGGCAGGUGGUGGGAAGCUCCCCUCUCCCCCCGUCCCGCCACGGCCCGCACAGACUGCUUCACCAGCAAGACACACGGCAUCAGUAUCCCCUUCGCCUGCUGGGCGAUCUCCACUGAAGGGCUCCGUGCAGUCCUUCACCCCCUCGCCCGUGGAGUACCACUCCCCAGGACUCAUCUCCAACUCCCCCGUGCUGUCGGGCAGCUACAGCAGUGGCAUUUCGUCCCUCAGCCGGUGUAGCACGUCAGAGACCUCAGGCUUUGAAAAUCAGGUGAAUGAACCCUCUGCGGCGCCGCUGGGGUCGGGGCCGGGCUACGGCGGCGGGUCGGAGGAGCCGGUGCGUAAGGAGAGCAAGACGCCGCCGCCGUACAGCGUGUACGAGCGGACUCUGCGGCGCCCCGUGCCGCUACCUCACAGCCUCUCCAUCCCCGUCACCGCCGAGCCGCCCGCCUUGCCCCCCAAGCCCCUGGCGGCGCGGUCGGGCCACCUGGAGAACGGGACCAGGAGGACGGACCCCGGCCCGCGGCCCAGGCCCCUGCCCCGGAAAGUCUCCCAGUUAUAAGUCCCUUUUCUAUUUCCCUGCGACGCAUUCUUUGCCGUUUACAAGACAUUAAGAGGUAUGGUGAAAAGACAUCUUUAGUGUAGGCACUUUAAUAACUUAACUCAGAUUUGUCUUUAGAUGAAUGGAAUUUAAACUCACUUAAUAGAAUGUUGCACAAUAUUAAAAGUUACUGACCCCCAACGGCAGAUGUCCCCAGUAUGGCUGAAUUUCAUUACACCGUUUCUCGUUUGAAAGUGAUAGUGAUAAAGCCUUCUUUUGUAUCUUUUUAUGUUCACUUUUUUUUUUACAUAGUUUAAUCUCAACCAGUAAAAUAUUGUCAAACAAUACGAAGCGUGAUAAUGUUGUAUACUUUUUACUGAAUACUUGAUACUUCCUGAAAGCUUAUUAAGUCAGUGCACAUCCUAAGGCAGUGGUCCUUACCUUAGAAGACUUCUGUAAAUAACGUGAGAUUUCUGACUCUUUCUAGCAACAGACAAAUGAAUGCACAUCAUCCUAAUUAACAGUUAAAGCAGGCUAGUGAGAUAUACACUAAAGGAGUUGCAAGGAUUGGGACUGGAAGCGGUUUUGUUCUUGAAACAUACUUCUUUCAGGUUGCUUUUGACCUUGACUGCUGUCUACAUUCUUCAGAAGCUACUCUACCAGUUGGUUGGUAAACUGUUUAGUACCCUGACCCCAUGGUAUCUACUGUAUUUCUUUUCAAGGUGCAAUUUACUUCCAGAGUUCCAAUCAGGUUGAUGAAGCAAAAGACCCCAGGAGAAAUGUUUACUUGAAUCUUGUGCUUCUUUAGAUAAUUUCCACUACCCAAUUUGUCAUUGAAGAAGAGAUGUUCAUGUAUUAAGUAGGCACAAAUUAAUGUGUCCCGUUAAUAAGAAUUCAGGAAUCAAUACAGGACAGUAUUAAAUCGAUAGAGUAAAUGAAAAAAAGUAGAGAAAAUAUAUUAGCAUGAUUAAAUGGCAAAAGGACUUUCAAAAGGCAAGGGCAUUAACUUUCAGUCCUGUGCAAAAUAAGAAAUUCCUCACAACUCCAUUGUUACCAGUGGGGCUUGUCUUCUGAACGAAUCCUGUUGUCCUUUUGUUAGAGGAGGAUGGCUGUAGACGGCUCUAGCUUGAACAUUACAACAUAGCAUCUUAGAUCUAGAUAGGGAUGCUAAUGCCACAGUCAUAGGAGUGUGAAAAGAGAAAAGCACCUUGUAUGUAGUAAUGUAUUUUGUAUCUUGUUUUCUUUACUGACUGUUUAUAACACUCAACUGACAAUAGAUAUGAACUGUAUUUUAAAUCAUACUGUUGAAUAUUUUCCCUCUUUUGUUGGGAAGCUCAUUUUAGUUUAAUUGUGUUUGUUUUUGUUGCUAGCUUACCCAGAAGGCAGUGACCACUUUUUUAUAUUCCCUUCGAAACCAUUCAGCAGGUAUAUGCUGUUGAGACUGGUUAUAGAGGUUUUCUAUAAUAAAUGUUCAAGUAUUUUUGUACAUAAUUGGUUAAUUUUAAUAAGAGAUACCAUUACAUGUAAAAAAUUAAAAAUAAAAGCAAACUGUUGUGGAUGCAGUAUGAUUGUUAUAAUUAUGCCAAAUACUUUAUGUAUGGAAAAAGAAUAUUUGUACAUAUGUGCUUUUAACAAUAAUUCUGCCAUAUUGACUACAGUUUUGAAUGUCAGAAAAAUUAAUAUAUGUUAAAAUAUUUAUGUUUAGUGAAAGUAUUCUUAAUAGAGAAAAGGAACAUGAAUUUUAGCUUUGUAUCUUGCAAGUAUUUCAGUUGAAAAUUUCUUGAACUAGCUUUUGCUUUUGAUGAUAACACUUUGUGUUUGUAAUCACAUCCUUAAGUAUAUAUAUAUAUCUAUAUAUAUAGGAAGAUACAUAUUUCUGUUGCUUUAAAGAAGUAAAGCCUUCCUUCCAUUUAAAUAAGGUGACAUGCUUAAGAUAACAAACUCUGAUUUCCUUUUCUUCUGUAAUUUAAUAGAUUUCUUGACUAGUGCUUGGGCACAGUGUAAAUCAGUGUUAUUUGCUCUUGAAUCCAUUUUUUUAAAAAAAAGAUUGGGGCAAUGAACAGUCGAUCAUGUGUGUGUAUUUCUGAAGCAGCUAUAUAGCAGAACAUUUCAAGAGAUUCUGUUAGCCUAGAUGUUCAUGUUGGUUGCUGCUGAACGGUAAAUAUUAAAUAAAAUUACCUGAUUAAUCUU